ACGUGGAGACUGUGCAGAAAGCGGAGAAAAGUGCCUGAGCAAGCAGAAAUGAGGUUUUGGCUUUCCAUAACAGAGCCGGGGUGCGGGAGGUCCCAUUAAGGAGGCACAAAAAAAGCAGUCCUCCAGAGGAGCAGUGGCAAUUCAAGUUUACGGAGUGACGAAUCACAAUCCGGAGCGAUUUACCAUAACUAAGAUCCUGUUAACCUGGGAAAAUGGGAUUUCCGAUUUCUAGUUGUUGGAUUGUUUACAAACUGUUUUUUAUUCAGUUCAUCGCCUUUCAAGCAACGUAUGCUGCUCCUUCGCCUAUUAUCAGGUUUCCUGGAGACGAUAGCCCCAAAACAGACAAAGAAGUUGCUCUGCACUAUCUGAAUAAGUUUUAUGGAUGCCCACAAGACAGAUGUAACCUCAUGGUGCUCAAGGACACUUUGAAGAAAAUGCAACAGUUUUUCGCUCUGCCAGAAACCGGAGAGAUUGACGCCCAAACCGUGGAGAUCAUGAAAAAGCCCCGCUGUGGCGUCCCAGACGUAGCCAAUUACAACUUCUUCCACAGGAAGCCCAUGUGGCAGAAGAAAGACAUCACCUACAGAAUUCUGGGAUACUCUCUUGAUCUGGAUGAGGAAGUCAUAAAUGAUGCUUUCUUCAGAGCCUUCAAAGUGUGGAGUGAUGUCACUCCACUCUCAUUCACCCGGCUCAUGGAUGGCGAGGCUGACAUCAUGGUUAACUUUGGCCGCAAUGAGCAUGGAGAUGGUUACCCCUUUGAUGGCAAAGAUGGCCUCUUGGCUCAUGCCUUUGCUCCUGGGCCUGGAAUCGGGGGAGACUCCCACUUUGAUGAUGAUGAGCAGUGGACACUGGGAGAAGGCCAAGUGGUGAAGGCGAAGUUUGGAAAUGCCGAUGGAGAAUUCUGUAAAUUCCCCUUCUCGUUCAUGGGCACUGAGUACAACACCUGUACAUCCCAAGGCCGUGAUGACGGCUUCCUGUGGUGCUCCACCACUUACAACUUUGAUGAAGAUGGCAAAUAUGGAUUCUGCCCUCACGAAUUACUGUUUACCCUGAGUGGAAAUGGAGAGGGUGCUCCAUGUAAAUUCCCCUUCACCUUUCAGGGUGAGAAGUAUGAUGGAUGCACCACACAGGGUAGAAGUGAUGGUUACCGCUGGUGUGCCACUACUGAGGACUAUGACCGUGACAAAACAUACGGGUUCUGCCCUGAAACUGCCAUGUCAACUGUGGGAGGAAAUGCAGAAGGAAGUCCCUGUGUCUUCCCCUUCACCUUCUUGGGAAACACGUAUGAUUCCUGCACUUCAUCUGGACGUAGUGAUGGCAAGAUGUGGUGCGCUACCACCAAGAGCUAUGAUGAUGACCGCAAAUGGGGCUUCUGUCCUGACCAAGGCUACAGUUUGUUCCUGGUAGCAGCCCAUGAAUUUGGUCAUGCUCUUGGCUUGGAGCACUCUCAGGACCCUGGAGCUUUGAUGGCCCCCAUCUACACCUUCACCAGAGACUUCAGACUCUCUCAUGAUGACGUCCAAGGCAUCCAAGAACUCUAUGGUGUGCCAACAGACAAGCCUUUGCCUCCAACCCGGGGUCCAGUCACUCCAAUGGACAUCUGUAAGGAGCCAAUUAUCUUUGACGCUGUAGCUCAAAUCAGAGGAGAGACCUUCUUCUUCAAAGACAGGUUCUUAUUCAGGUCAGUCGACUUCAGAAGAAAACCCAAUGGCCCUUUGCUUGUGGCCACCUACUGGCCUGACCUGCCUGCCAAGAUAGACGCCGCUUAUGAAAACCCAGUGGAGGAAAAAACAGUCUUCUUCUCAGGCAAUGAGAUGUGGAUCUACAAAGCAGAUGAGUUGGAGAGAGGUUACCCCAAGAGGCUCUCCAGCCUUGACCUCCCCAGUGACGUGCAGAAAAUCGACGCUGCAUUCAACUUUAGAAAGAACGGGAAGACUUACCUAUUUGCUGAUGACAAGUUCUGGAGAUAUGAUGAGCAUAACAAGCAAAUGGAUCCUGGCUUCCCCAAACUUAUUGCUGAUUCCUGGAAUGGCAUCCCAGAUGGCAUAGACUCUGCCUUCAGUCUUAAUGGAAUUGAUUACAGCUACUUCUUCAAAGGAAAGCACUAUUUCAAACUGGAAGACAGCAGCUUGAAGAUUGUCAAGCUGGGUGAAAUCAAAGAGGACUGGCUCGGUUGUUGAACAUUUGCAAAAUGUCUCACGACUGGCUAAUUCUCUAAUGACGUCUGGCCUCAUUAGGACAUUGUAACCAACUCGGGGUCACUGCAGCGCACACUUAUGAUGGUUUUUAUCCUGGCAACUCUGCACACUCUGAGGGAGACAUGUCCCUUCCAGCCUGUAUAACCCGACUCCAGCUUUGUAGAAAGGCACCUCAGCACCUUCUACACAGGCUAAACAUAGGCAACUGGAUAUUUGCUAUAUUACUGUGUGAUUUUGACAUUGGAUUUGUUAUGUUAAUGCAAAUUUAUUACACUAUGUACCCCUUGUUUUAUUGUUGUUUUUGUAGUUUUUGUUUGUUUUUUAACACAGACAUCAGGUAUGUCCACACUGCAUUGAACAUAGUGUGCUGUGAGAUAUUGCCGUUUUAUACAAAUUUGAUACUGAAAGGUUUUUUUAUGAGGAGUUCAUGUUAGAAUCACCUCUAUAUCCAAUGUAUGAAGGGCAGUUUUAUAAAUGUAUCAGUUUCAAUCAGUUGUUCUUAUUGUUGUGCAAUACAUUUGAAAAAAUGUGCACAUUGUGUUUGACCGAAAAUGGUGCUUUAAAGAUUGCUUUUUGCUUAAAGUCCUAUAUACACAGAAUAUACGUAAACAAGCUUUAUACCAGUGUAACUGUGUCUACGACUGCUUAGGAUACAGUAGUAUUCACAGGCAAACAUUAUUCUUCAUUUGGUUAGCACUUUUUGAUCGGACUAUACAAAGGAAUAGCACAUUAUGGAGGCCAAAUUAUUGUCAUGGCAACCCCAUGUUGCAUUUUCUUUCACUAAUGGUACAGAACGAUUAAGGGCACAGGUUGCCUCUAAAGGCUGUAUAGGUUUGCUGCAUGAUGGAAUCAUGACAAGAGUACCACAGUAGUAUUUUUAAUAAUCUUGUGUUGUAUUUUCUUUCUUGGAUUUCAACAAUACAGUUUGUGUUGUUUUG